CCUUGCACAAGCACUCACACUGCUAGGUCCUCUCACGCCUGUGCACUCCCCAGUGCUCGCCUGCUCCUGCUCCCCGCUGCACACCCAUCCCAAACCUGCGCCUCCCAGCCGCCCGCAGACACGCACCUGCUCUGCCUCCGCUCACCCUCCAUGGCCCCUGGUGCAGCCCAGCUCCUGGCCCUCAGCCUGCUGGUUCUCUGGACUUCCCUGGCACCAGCUCUGGGUGGUGCUAAUGAUGCUGAAGACUGCUGCCUGUCUGUGACCCAGCGCCCCAUCCCCAGCAACAUCGUGAGAGCCUUUCGCUACCUGCUCGUCACCGAUGGCUGCCGAGUACCUGCUGUAGUGUUCACCACACUGAGGGGCUUCCAGCUCUGUGCACCCCCGGAACAGCCCUGGGUGGGCCGCAUCAUUCGGAGACUGAAGCGGAUCUCUGCCAAGGGCAAGUACCAGAGCAGUUAGCCCAGGACAGCACCACAGGGGGCUCUGUGUCUCAGUGAGGAUGUGAAUCACCCCGGCCUGGGGUCGGAGGACGAGGAGGCAGGAGCAGGCUCCCAGCUCCCCUGCACCAGGCCAGAGCCAGCCAGGGCAGAGCCUGCAGAGUGUCGACGAGGGUGUGAACUCGAGCGAGAAGGUGUGUGUGAGGGCACAGCUUCUCCUCACCCAGACUGCAAUGCUUCCAAUAAAGCCACCUGGCACUCCCGCGUC